AGUAACCGGAUUGCGCAUGCGCUUGUUUCCUCUCUUCACCUCCCUGCGCUGAGCUUCACCAUGGCGAACGUUGCUGACACAAAAUUAUACGACAUUCUCGGGGUUUCUCCUUCAGCAUCUGAAAACGAGCUCAAAAAGGCCUACCGCAAAUUAGCAAAGGAAUAUCACCCUGACAAGAACCCAAAUGCUGGAGACAAGUUCAAAGAGAUCAGCUUUGCGUACGAAGUGCUGACUAACCCAGAAAAGAAGGAGCUGUAUGACCGCUAUGGAGAGCAAGGCCUGCGAGAAGGAGGCGGAGGAGGACCCGGCAUGGACGACAUCUUCUCUCACAUUUUUGGCGGUGGCCUCUUCGGCUUCAUGGGCGGUCAGGGGCGCAGCCGGAACGGUGGCAGGCGGAGAGGGGAGGACAUGGUGCACCCUCUCAAGGUAUCACUUGAAGACCUGUACAAUGGAAAAACAACCAAAUUACAACUGAGCAAGAACGUCCUUUGUAGCACUUGUAAUGGGCAGGGAGGAAAGACUGGCGCAGUACAGAAGUGCACAACCUGCAGGGGGCGUGGUAUGCGCAUCAUGAUCAGACAGCUGGCCCCUGGCAUGGUCCAACAGAUGCAGUCCGUGUGCACUGACUGCAACGGUGAAGGUGAGGUGAUCAGUGAGAGGGACCGCUGUAAAAAGUGUGAGGGGAAGAAAGUAGUGAAGGAGGUAAAGAUCCUGGAAGUGCAUGUUGACAAAGGUAUGAAACACGGACAGAAGAUCACCUUUGGAGGCGAAGCAGAUCAGGCACCUGGGGUGGAGCCGGGAGACAUAGUCCUCGUCCUGCAGGAGAAGGAGCAUGAGACGUUUAAGAGAGACAUACACGACCUCUGCAUGACCCACAAGAUCGGCCUGGUCGAAGCACUUUGUGGUUUUCAGUUUGUCCUAAAACAUCUGGACGGGAGACAGCUUGUGGUUAAAUAUCCAGCUGGCAAAGUCAUCGAGCCUGGUUCCGUCAGAGUCGUAAGAGGUGAGGGAAUGCCACAUUAUCGUAACCCCUUCGAGAAAGGAGACCUCUUCAUCAAGUUUGAAGUUCAAUUCCCAGAGAACAACUGGAUCAGCCCAGAGAAACUGUUGGAACUGGAGGAUCUGCUGCCCUCGCGCUCCAAGGCUCCCGUGAUCUCCGGCGACACUGAGGAAGUAGACCUGCAGGAAUUUGACAGCAGCCAGAGCACGUCCGGCAGCCAUCGGCGCGAAGCCUACAACGACAGCUCCGACGAAGAGGGUAGCCAUCACGGCCCGGGGGUGCAGUGCGCCCAUCAGUAAGCAUGACCGUCCCAACCUGUCUGGAUGCAGAGAAGGAAAAGUUUUCUAGUUGCACAUCAUCAGAUCAACAAAAGUGUGUCUUUUUUUUUUGUUUGUUUGUUUACCAUCUGAUUGGGGGUUGCCUUAAACAGCGAAUAAGCUGCUUUCCCCAGUGAACGCACACAUGAGCCUCUAUCUCCUCCCCCUUUCCCCUCUGGCACCGCCCCUUUUAGUUUCCCAUACAGGCAACCUCAUAUCAGAUGGAGAGGAGGGGAAAAAGGUAAUUUCUCUUUUACUUGGUGUGUAACUUGCAUUUUUGUUGUUGUUACUGUUUAUGAUGCUGCUGUCAGCAUAGUGUUUAAAGUUAAUUUAAAACUAAUCCAUGCAGUUCUGGGCUUGGACAUGAGCCUCUUUAUUUGUAAAGUGUGUGUAUGUAUGGGUGGGGAGAGAGUAAAAGAGAAACAGCCUUUGUCAAACAUCUUCUGGACAUUAUAUUAAGCAACACAUUUUUAGGUUGGUUUGUAUGUAUUUGUGCUUGAUUGAUUUUUACCACUUUAUAGAUUUUUACUUUUUUUUUCUUUACUGUUAUAUUUUAAGGAAUUGGAAGAAACCAGAAUCUACAGCAUUGUGUAUAAAAUUAAAGUGUUUGUCAUUAAGCUUCAGAAGCUGCAGUUAUGAUCUAGUUUAAAUAAAGUCUUCACUUGCCUGUAUCUGUCUUCAGCCCAGAUGCAUGCUGGGAAAGCACUGAAACAUCAAAUUAAAAAAAAUAAAAAUAAUUAAAAAUCGUAUAAUGAAACAACUGGGUGGAAAGCAGAUGUAGGUGUGUACCGUACCUUCUGUGGAAAAAAGUUUAUGAAGUUGUUAAAUAAAAAAAAAUUAUCUC